AUGGCCCUCCGCUCUCAAAUCCUCGCGUCAUCUCUCCCAUUCCUAUCGACCCACUCAUUCACCCGACCUGCCCUCCUUCAAUCUCUCCGCUCAAUCAAACCGGACAUCACUAAUCCCGAUGCAGUGAUAGAUACGUUGUUCGGUCCAGGAUCAGUCGGUGCGUCGAAGGCUCUAGUCGAGAGAUGGGAAGAAGAGGGAUCGAAAGUGAUGAAUAGCCCCAUAGAAGGUAAAGAGGAUCUGGGGGAGGUGCUAAGAAGGAGGAUAGAGUAUAGUUCGAAAGUUGGUGAACAUCUCGUAGAGGCAUAUGCCAAUCUCUCUACACCGUCAUCCACACCUUCAAUACCGCUCCCUUCCCUACCAAUCCUCAAGACAUUGUUAUCUUCAAUAACACUACCACCAUCGUAUUCACCACCUUCCUCUUCGUCUUCACUGUCGAGGUCGACUACAAAUCCGAAUCCGAAUGGCACUGCCAGCUCAGUAUUAGACCAAUUAAUCUCAAUGACAGGAAACAGACUUCCCUUACUAUCGAUUAACCCUCUAGGUCCCUUGGGAUACGCAUGGCGGAUAGCAGACGAGGCGUUGUUUUUAACUGAACAGAAGGGUAAGCAAAAAGGAAUAGUGAGGAGAGGGUAUUGGAAUGAACCUACUGGUCCGGGGCCCGAAUGGUAUACAAAGAGAAUAGGACUUUCCUUAGUAUACUUAUCAUCAGAGUCUCAUCUUCUCAGACCUUAUUCCGCAUUAUCAUCGUCAAAUAACCCCCACUUGUCCCACGCUUUGAGUUCCCUCGAGACCAAUUUAAAGAGAUAUCAAUCUACCCUAUCCAGUUUGGAGAGGACUGAAGAGAAUCUGGGUGAUACAGCUGGAUUCUUCGAUUUUGUAUUUAGGUCAAUCGGUGGUAUAGCAAGGAGUAGGUAUAUGUAG